CUGCCUCCAACCCCCCUGUCACUUACUCAGACCCACCAUACGGCACUACAACACAAUUGUGAAUUGUGAUCUUGUUCCAAUACUAACAGAGCUUCAGAGCUCACUACAAUUCUAGCUCCUUGCACCUAUCAUUUUACAGUCAUCAUCAUGGGGAAUUGCCUGGUGAUUCAAGACAGGAAGGAGAUCAAGAUCAUGAGCAUGGACGGCAGCCAAGUCCUGCCGGACGUGUUUCCAGUGAAGGCGCCGGCGUCUGUGGUCGACCCUGGCGCCGCCAGGGUGAAGCUGGUGAUCAGCAAGCAGGAGCUGAAGAAGAUGCUCGACAAGGAGGGCAUGUCGCUGGACGACAUGGUGUCUCUCAUGCGCAAAGAAGCAAGUGAUCGUGAACGGGAGGAGUGUUGCGGAGUAGGGUGGCGGCCUGCGCUGGAGAGCAUACCAGAGGGCAGAGAUCUAUAGCAGUAGCAGCCUGGACGAGCUUUCAGAUAUCAACGUUGCAAAGAUCAACGAUCCUGCUUACAAGUCGCAGGAUACUUUUUGGAAUAAGCGUAAGCAAGACAUAUGCUAGAUAGCAUAUAUACAUGUAGAUGUAUAGAGAUAGUAUAGAUAUAUAUACGGUACGGUAGGAGUUUUGAGAUAGGAAUCCUCUUCAUCUUUUCUUGCUGCUCACAUGCAUGCAUAUGCUUGUAAAGAAAAGGUAAAGAUGAUCCUGGAAAUCAAGCAGGAGUUAUCUCAAGUGUUUCACUACCUUCUGCUA